AUGAAUACUGCUAAUACACAACCAGUUUAUGAUAACCAAUAUCAACCCAAUUCAAGGGCAAAUAAUGGUUACAAUUUUGGCGUCAAUUCAACGGGUAAUGGCAACUACUGUAUGGACACGACUUCCAGUCAACCAAACCUAACACAUACAUCGGGUGCACAGACUGGAUGGUCAUAUAUUGAACCCCUAACGCCAAGUUACGGGACAUCCACUUUAGUCCACUCGAUUGAAAGUACUUCCAGUCCUUUGGUUACCACUGGUGUGAAUACGGAUAAUAAUAUAGAAUAUCCUGUUUUAGACUUAGUUGAUCUCGAGUUGCCAACUAAUGAAGAAACAGUAGGUCAGGAACUGGAAUAUAUGUAUACAUACGAAACCCUUCCUCAACAACAACCCCAACCACCAGCCAAUACUUCAACGGCAGUCGAGUCCUAUGAGACACCACUUGUAUUACAAACCAAUGCAACCAAUAAUAUACUACGGAAUCAAACGGACAACUCAGUCGAGAAUAUUUUCUACGAUAUGAUUCAUACGUUAAUUAAUAAAAUUAACCUUGGUUUGAGUACCACUACUAACGGAGGUCCAUCAUUAGAUAAAAUAAAAAAAAUUCUAAAAUAUGAGAAUAAAAGCCAACAAAUGACCAAGGAGUUUGUGGACGAGUUAAUGCAAAAGGGUCCAGGUGAGCUAAAACAGUUGUUGGCCAGGGCUGGACUGCUACAGGAGGCCGAGGCUGUGGUCGAGAUGUUCAUAACGAGGGAGCCCUGGAAGUCCACCACUGAUGUCGAGUUAAAAGUGAUAAAAGCACCUAAACUGCGAUCAGGAAAUUCGCGAUACUUUCAAAUGAAUUCCCGUCCGAGGGGUCGGGCCAUCAUAUUUGCGACCACAGAUGGCCUGGACGUCGAGAUAAAGCGAUGGAAAUCCAUUUUCGCACAGUUAGACUUCAAGUGUGAGGUAUAUGUGGACUUCAAGUGCUCUGAGAUCAAGGAUAAGCUGUUGGGAGUGUCGUGUCAGCAAUUCGUCGCCGACGCCCUGUUUGUGAUGGUUAUCGGCCGGGGAUUUGAUCAGAAGAUCUACGGUUACGACAAUCGUGAAGUCGAUAAUGAGAUGUCGUUCACAGAAAUUGUGGACAUAUUCUCCGCUAAUAAUGUUAAGAGUGAUGCUGGGAUGUCGUCCACUCAGCCAAUGGAUCCAAACAAUCAAAUGCCACAACCGAUUGCCACCUCUUCGACGUCUAUCUCAUACAACCAAACAUUCGUUGAGAUAUCAUUGCAAGGAGAGGGUGGGUUUGGGACGGUAUAUAAAGUGGAGCACAAAUUGACUGGUCAGAUAUCUGCCAUUAAAAGGAUUAAGAUCGAAUUAAAAGACUCCGAUGCAAAUGCAACUGCAAAAACUUUGAAAGAAGUGGAGAAUUUAGUGAAAGUUAAGUCACAAUAUGUGGUCGAGUGUUAUCAGUCAUGGCGUGAACCCGGACUCCUAUUUAUUCAAAUGGAGUUCUGUUCACAGAAUUUAAAGGAUAUUCUUAAAGAUAAACCACAAGUAUUUGGCCGACAAUCAGGAGAUCCCAUGAAUUUAGUCGAGUAUUUCAUUUCGUGUGAAAUAUUGCGACAAAUCUUAGAAAGUGUUCAGUAUUUGCAUGAAUUGAAUCCACAGAUCAUUCACAGAGACCUCAAACCCGAUAAUAUUUUGAUUGCUGAUAUAAUACGGAACGGAAGGUUUAUUAAGUUAUGCGACUUUGGUUUGGCUACAGUUCAUGAGAACAGUAUUCACAAUAAAACUAAAUACAAACACACGCCAGACGCGGGAGACAAUAGAUAUAUGGCGCCCGAAAAUCUUCAGGACCCAGAGAUUCCCGAUAACACUCCCUGGCCCUACACUAUUGGCGUGGAUUUAAAAGUCAUAAACGCGUCAACACUGCGAUCCGGGAGUUCCCGAUACUUUUUCAUGGACUCCCAGCCCAGAGGGCGAGCCAUAGUGUUUGUGACCACAGAUGGUCUGAUGGAUGAGGCGGACCGAUGGAAGUCUAUCUUUGAACAGUUAGGCUUUGAGUACGACUCCUACCGGAACGCCCCGUGCUCUCAGAUAAGGGAUGUGCUGUUGGGGGUGUCGUGUCAGCGUUAUGACGCUGACGCUCUGUUUAUCAUGUUUAUCGGCGGCCUAUAUAACGGUAAACUCCGCGGGAGUGGCGACCGACCGGACAAUGAGAUGUCGGUCACAGAAAUUGUAGACAUGUUUUGCGACAAUGUGGGAAAGGGUGGCCAACAUAUAGAAAGUGAUAUACAAAUGGAAAAUUUUCGCAAAAAUGUCAAUCAGCGCACCUAUGUCAUUUAUGCGCUCUCUAAAUCUGUGAAUUCAUGGCUUAAUCACGCGGAGGGUAUAACACUAUUUGGACAGGCAUUCAGUUAUACAAUAGCGCAGUACGCUUGUAACAUGCAUAUGUAA